UGUGUGAGCCCGCCACGUCAGCCCACCUCAAUCCAAUGGCUGUCAAACCGACAGCAAAUAUGAAUAAGAAAAAAAGCCUUGGGACGAGAUGGAGACCUGCCUUCAAUCUCUCUUGAUUUCCCAGUUCAGAAUCGCCUCCUCCAUCAUCCUCAGGUUGCAGGUGCUUCAAGAUUCAACCAACUACGGUGGUGGCUUGAAUGGAGUUGCCCACAUUCAAGAGGCCGUGCUGCUCAAGCAGAUGGAGUCUUUGCAAAAGCUCUUGCUUUCCAUGAACAACACCAUGGGGUUUUGUGAUUUUGGUUCCAGAAUGUUGGUGGGGAUGAAAACUUGGCCCUUGAAACUCUUUGCUCCGGUUAGCGAAAAGGAAAAGCUUUCACAGAUGACAGCAGCUAGCUACCAGCAGAUUUAAUCUUAAUUAAAGUAUAUAUAUUACAUAUGCCACCCACCUUAAGAGGCUGGGAAUUAUACCGACAUAAAGGUUUAGUUGGAUACAAGGAUUUCUUGGUUUAGUUCAUAUCAUCGUUUCUUGUUUUCUCUUGUAUUCCUGCAGACUUGCAUUCUUUCUAUCCUCAUUAACCUCUCAUCUUCUGAGGCAAGUGCUUCUAUGACAUUGAUUUGCUUUUCUGCAAGCUGCUUUUGUUGCAAGGAUGGUGUACUGGAUCCAAUUGUGUUAAUUGGCAAGGAAAUGUGCUU